UCUCAGUAUUUUUUAAGGCAUUAGAUAUAUUCUAGAUACAUACUUGUAUCUGUCACAUCUUCCUUAUCCAAAUGUGAAUUUCUCGUGUCCACUUGUUUUUGUAAUUAUUAUUUUUUUUUGCAAAUAAACGUGUUUUUAUUUUGUGUGUACAUUUUCUCUUUCUUCUUCUAUAAACCAGGUCUUGGAAUUUUAAGUUUUGUAUCUUUUUUUAUCUUGGACGGACGGUAAAAAAUUGUUAAUCCGCAAUACCUAUACGAAGUAGUUAAUUAAACAAAAAAAUUGAUAGAUUUCGGUAGAAGUGAUUUGUUAAACAAAUUUGUUGAAAAUGGAUAAAUUAUUUCUAUUCAGAAAUUAAAGUCUUAAUAAAUGUGAUUUUAAACACAAGGAAGGAUCAAAAAUCCGAAUUUCAUAACUGAGAUUUUCGUUGUUGUCGUUAAUCUAGGUAUACGAAGGUGAUGAAGGUUUUAACUCAUAAAAACGUGUUUUGUUACAAAAAAUAACAUUCUAGAGCCUUGUAAAUAACAUUUCUGGUACCUAUAUAUUUUACAAAAGUGAUGUAGACUGAAUAUGGCGAGUGAGUGAUAAGAGCGCGAUAGCCACAAAUCCACCAGAUCGUGUAUAUUUAUGUACCUACAAAAAAAAUUAAAAUCACAAAUUUUCAAAGAAACUAUCAGAUAUCAUCAAGAAUGUACUAUUUCAAUGGAAUCAAUAGAACUUUUGUAAGGAUAUGGAUUUCCUAACUGAUCCGAUUUUUACGGAUUUCGGUCGAUCAGAUUUUAUAGGUGGAAUCGAUAAUGAAGCGUUGGACUUUGGUCAUUUGGAACAGUUCAUGCAUGUUACGGUAUCGACAGGCGGUGGUGAUGUUUCCCCUACUGUUUCGGCUGUCGACGUAAGCAAUGGUCUUGCAACGACAAUUCCAAUAAAUACUAAUCGGAGCAACAACAACAGCAAUGGCACUGUACAGCCGCACUUGCCAGAGAGUCCGCCUGAUUCGGGAUCGGAACCACCAUUCAGUCCAGCCGAUUUACAGGGCUUAACACUAACAUCAAGAGCAACCACAAAUUGUUCGGCUACAAAUAAUGAUGGUUCCAUUAUUGACGCUGAAAGUCUUUUAGUUCAGCGACAGCAUAAUGUGAAACCAACAGAUCUUCACACAACGUUGUCACAUAAUUUAACAAGCAGCGUUCACCAUCAACAAACACAGCAUCACACGCACAAUCAGCAACAUUCUCAGCAGCAGCAGCAGCACAAUCACAAUAUUCACCUGCAUCAUCUUUACGUUGAACAUAGCGAUCAACAUGCCUUGUUGAUUGCACCACCAACAGCUCCUCAUUUACAUCAGCAGCAAAUGCAUCACGUCGAUCCAACAAAAACGAUAUCAAUCGCAUCACCAUCAGCAGUAGUUGUAGGUAAUGGUAUCUACAACGCAGACGAUAGGCACGAUGCCAGAGAGCUUCCAGAUAGUUUACUGGCCAUAGAUAGCCAUCAACAUCUCCAGCAGCAGCCUAAUCCUUCUCAUACGACCAAUAAUAUCCACAACGUUGUUAUAAACGAAGUAGUGGACAUGGUUCCUCAAAGAGCCCCGUUUAGUCGACAAAUGAUGAAUCCACAGCAUCAGCCACAUGCUCCUUCAAUAAUUCCAUCCGAUGUAUACAUGGGAACUCCUGCUCCUAUUAUAGAAUCAGCGAAUUCAAAGGUUCAACCACCUACUCGUAAACGAAAGCUGUCUCAGGUUGACUGUUGUGCUUCUAUAAUGACCAUAAAACCGGAACCAGGUUCGACAUUAAGUCCAAUGUGCCAGCAAAACAUCAACCCAACAUCACCAGUAAGCAUAAACAUGCAACAAAUUGGUGUUGGUACCCUCCAUGGUGGAGGUUCACCGUCCUCAUCUUCCCUCUCUCCGACCAGCACAAGUCUAUCUCUGUCCAAUGACAACAACAGCCUCGAUGGUGGUGGCUCAGGGACCCCAAAUGGUGCUACUUUCGUUGGCUCAAAUGCAACGGAUUCGUCCAGUGAAUCUUCCCCAAUGCAAUGCAUUCGUUUCAGUUCAUUCCAGCAACACAACUGGCAUACUUUAUGCGACCAAAGCCUUCAAGAAUUAACUAUAGCGCAUUAUAGGGUCGAUGCGGACAAAGGCUUUAAUUUUUCCGUCUCCGAUGAUGCCUUCGUGUGUCAGAAAAAAAACCACUUUCAAAUUACUUGUCAUGCUCGACUGCAAGGUGAUGCUAAAUUCGUGCGAACUUCAUCUGGUCUAGAAAAAAUUAAAUCCUUCCAUUUGCACUUUUAUGGAGUUAAACUUGAGGCUCCUAAUCAAACUAUUCGUGUGGAACAAAGUCAAUCGGAUCGAUCAAAGAAGCCCUUCCAUCCAGUUCCAAUUGAUUUGCAAAGCCAUUUGGUCAGUAAGGUGACCGUAGGUCGACUGCAUUUCUCCGAAACAACCAACAACAAUAUGCGAAAAAAAGGCCGUCCAAAUCCCGAACAACGAUAUUUUCAGUUGAUUGUUGGCCUCCAUGUUCAUACACACUCCGGCCAUUUUCCCGUUGUGAGUCAAGGCAGCGAGCGGAUUAUAGUCCGUGCCUCUAAUCCGGGGCAGUUUGAAAGCGACGUUGAGCUCUGCUGGCAACGUGGCCUCACCCCGGAAUCAAUAUUCCAUGGAGGUCGUGUCGGUAUCAAUACUGACCGACCUGAUGAAAGCCUUGUCAUUCACGGCAAUCUCAAAGUCUCUGGCCACAUUAUUCAACCGAGUGAUAGCCGAGCUAAGCAAGAAAUAUGUGAACUGGAUACUGCAGUGCAGCUAAGAAAUCUCCAAAAGAUUAGAAUAGUUCGAUAUCGUUACGAGCCAGAAUUCGCUAUACAUUCCGGCCUCAAGUCCAAGAAAGAUAACGAGGAGAUUAUUGAUACAGGAGUUAUAGCCCAAGAAGUGCGAGAAGUCCUGCCUGAUGCUGUAACUGAAGCUGGGAGUAUUGUUCUUCCUAGUGGGCAAGUCAUCGAGAAUUUCCUGCUAGUAAACAAGGACCGUAUUCUAAUGGAAAACAUUGGUGCAGUCAAGGAAUUAUGUAAAGUAACCGGAUCCCUUGAAACUCGAAUUGAGCAACUGGAGAAGAUCAAUAAUCGUUUAGUAAGGAGGCAAGAAAUUGAAAGGAACAAACACAAAUGCAAGCAUUUUCUACUGGAUGACGGAGUGACCGAUGGGGUAGACGAGCUAUGUUCAAAUCGGACAAUUCAAAUGAUGAUUAUUAUUUUAGUAAUAAUAAUGGCAACAUGCUUGGUAGCAGUUUCAACAUUAUAUUUCGUCGAACACAACAAGCCACGUUAUAUGAAACGUUUAGAUCGUUACGACAUUAGUCAUAAUCCAUUUUCUCGUGAUGCAAUACUCGUUAACAGUAAUAAUAACAAUAAUCCAAGAAAUCCUAACCAUAACGGUUACCAUACCAAUAAAAAUGGAAAACUUAUUCUACACACUCAUACACAACGUCCACCUAUAGCAGUACCUACAGUUUCGAUGCCACAAUCGCUACCGAUCUACUCAGCCCAGAUUUCGUCCAAUAUGCAACCAUUACUUGCCGCCGCCCAAUCGCCCAGCAUUCCAAUUUCGGUGAUACCUCCUGAAUCAUAUCCGUCACUUGAAACUAGCUUCCAUAGUUCUUCAUAUAUGAACUCGGAUAACUAUGGUGGUUCACCCAAUGAUGAUCUAACAGCAGGAAUACCUCUUCCUGUUGUUAUAAUUAGCCAAUUCAACAACAAAACCGCAAACAGCAAGAACAAAUCAAAAUGGCCUCCACCGUCUUCGUCGGCGGGUGCAUUAGCAACUGUCAUUCCAGCAGCUAUAACCUACUCGAACAAUUUUAAUGAACCACCGACGGUUUUAGUUGAGGACAAUCUCAAUGUGAGUGAGACCUCAUCCGAAAAAGCAGCCGAUUCGAUUCCGGUGAAUCCUGAUUUUGAAAAUAAUUCCAUUGAUGGAACUGAUCAAAAGCCCGAAACACGUGGUGGAGCUAAUAAUCAAAAAUUAGAUUCAUCUAUUGAACAUGUAAUAAGCAAUAGUGGUGGAAGCACGAAUCGAAGUGAUGGCCGUGGGUUGAGUGGAGAAAAUAGUGUUUUGGCAGGAGCAGUCGAAGUACCUGCGGUGGGCGUGGCAACAAAAAAAAUUGACAGCAGUGGCGAUUCCUCUACAUCCUCUUCAGCAACUUCGACAAUAUUUGUCGUAUAUAAAAACAUACAAAAUAAAAAUAUUAAUGACACAAUGGUGAGCAAGCAAGUGGUGAAUUUCACUAUUGAAACUCCAUCGAUUACAAACAAAAGUCGUGGCAUUGACUCAGAGGACUCAGAUUUACAGAAUCUCGGUAACAACGAUGAUUCUACUGACGACCAGAGCUUCUCUGAAACUGUUGCAGCUUCAAUUAUUGAGAAGACAUUUGCUCUAACACCAAUCGGCAUUCCUGAUCACUGUGUUAAAAUUAAAGUGGAAGAAAUAUCUAAUUGUCAAUCAGCUUGCUUUGAAGAUUCCAAUAUUCUUACAAUAUCACCUAAGAACCCAGAAACUGAAAUUCGACGUCGACAUAUUCAAAAACAAGGUUCAGGCAAUACGACUUCUGGAACAUUGUUGUCAUCGUCUUAUAAUGUUAAUAGUUCACCCACAGCUGGGAACACAACAAAAUCCAACUAUGCUAAGUCACAAUCAAUAAUAGCACCAUCAGUCAGUUCAUUAGCAUCGGAAUCUGCGAAACGAAUUACCACCGAUGGUAUUGACGAUGACCAAGACCACGAAGUUUCUCAACAGCCUCAAAUUGAAGACCAUGAGGAGGCUUCUUUACUUUUCAAAGAUAAAAAGCCAACUCACAAGGACUCGAGACGAAAAAUAGACACAGUUGAAGCACAAUCGGUUAACGAUCAACCAAGAAUCUCCUCAGAAUGUUCAACUGUGAUUCCGUGGCUACUAGCAGACACAUUUAAUGUCUCGUUGGGUUGUGAGGAAAUUUGCUUGAAUGGCGGAAGUAGCUUUAAUGUAACUUAUAUCAUACCGUUAUCGAAAUACCUAAAAGACACAAACGUAGAAUUGCAUUUAGUGGCACCACUCAGUCUUCAUUGGACGGUUUGCAAUAAUAAAGAAAAGGCUAAACGUGACGGUGCUUAUUUUAUGACUCCUCUUAACAAUGGAAAAGUAUUUCAAAAAAGUCAAAAUGUUUCAAUAUUUUAUUUUACUAUUCCGGGCCAUGGGCAUUUUGAACGUUUAAUUGAAUUACGUGCUGCAAUAGAUUCUAAUAAGAAUUUAUGCCAAGAGCAAAGGGAUGAAACAAAUGUUUUACUUCAGUACAAUAUUAGAAUAGUAAGAGAUUGUGAUUAGCAAAUUUGUAUUUAAACAAUACAAACAAAAACACGAUUACCCGACAACAAAUAUUUAAUGCAAUAAAAUUGAGAACUACUCGUUAUGUUUUCUUUUCGUCUAUUAGUAUUUUUUUCCUUAAAUCUAAGAUAUAUCAUACUUUUUCCUUGAAUAAGUUAAGUAAUUGUAAACCUUAAACUAAUAUCAUUCCAAAAUAUCUAUAUCUAGAAAUUUUAAUUUAAUAAAAAUAAAACUGUGUUGAACAAAUUCCAAAUAAAAAAAUUCCAAACAAAAAAAUAUUAUUAAAAAAAGGGAGUACGAUGUUAAUGUUCACUUUCUUUAAAACAAAAAAAAAAAACUUUGAUAAGUGUGAUAAGAUAAUUUCAAAUCAACGGUAUCUAUGUUUUUAAAUGAAGAGAUCUAAUCAAAUCUAUCUACUUGACGUGGUUUUUCUUCAAAUGAAGAGAUAUCACGAAGAUGUGAAGCAUAUAAGCUCAUGUGCACACUCAUCGGGAAAGUUCAAAGUCAUUUUAAAUAUCGUACUGUAUUCAAUUUGUUUAACCUUUCAAAAUAACUAUUAAGAAAAUGUUCUUUAUUUAUGAGCACUAUAAUAAUUUUUCUAAGAAUCACAAAUAGAACUAAAUGCUUUUAGCUCUAAGCCGACGAUAUGACUUACUCAUUUAAAGAAAAUAUUUGUUAUUAUAUUUUUAGUUUGACGAAAUAUUUUACUAAGAACUUCUCUUUUAAAUUUUUUAAAGACAAAACUUAGAACUAUAAUACGAAUCUUAUUUAUAUACCGUUAUAUAUAGAUGUAAAAAAUUAAACAAGAAAUAAUUUUAAUAAUAAAAAUAUAUAAUACAUAUGUAAUUCGUUAAA